UCAGUCUAGAACGAGCAGGCAGCAGGCAUCGAUCCAACAUGGUCGGCUGGAGAGGCCUGUUGCCUUGUUGGCUCGCCCUUUGGGCCCUUGCCGCUGGGCCUGCCGGGGCCUACAAGUUGGAAACUUAUUCGAUCGCCAUGCCCAACGUCAGGCCAUCAAGUGAAGAGUUAUAUUUGUGCACGCCCAUCAAGGUGGACAGCCAGAAGAGCUACUAUAUUGUUGGCUUUGAACCAAACGCAACGAUGCACACGGCUCACCACAUGCUGUUGUUUGGUUGUACAUCGCCUGGAAGUAAAUUGCCAGUCUGGAAUUGCGGAGAAAUGUCCAAGGCCUCGUCAGGUGAAAUGACAAGCGCCAGCCCCUGUGGUUCAGGCACCCAGAUUAUUUAUGCUUGGGCGUUGGACGCACCAAAGCUGGAGCUGCCAGAGGAUGUUGGCUUCCAGGUGGGAAAGGAUUCAAAUAUUAAAUACUUGGUGCUGCAAGUGCACUACCACCUGGCUCCUGAGAAAGUUGGGUUGCCGGAUUCCUCAGGCCUGUUUCUACAUUUUACAGAGCGACCACUGCCUAAACUUGCCGGUGUGUAUCUUCUUGGCACUAGCGGUUCCAUAGGCCCGCGCACCACUGAACACAUGGAGACGUCGUGUCAAAUCGACGAAGACAAAGUCAUCCACCCGUUUGCAUAUCGGACACAUACACACAAAUUAGGCAAAGUCGUUUCUGGCUACAAAGUUGAAGUGGACAGGUCUGGAAAGAACAAGUGGACUUUGUUAGGAAAGAGGGAUCCCAUGACGCCUCAGAUGUUUUACCCUAUUGAAAGCAAAGUGACAGUGAGGAAAGGAGACACACUGGCUGCAAGGUGCACCAUGGUCAGUGACAGGGAUUUCACCACACAAAUUGGGAUGACCUUCAAUGACGAAAUGUGCAACUUCUACAUAAUGUAUUAUGUUGAAAACGGCACACCUCUCAGCAGCAAAUACUGCUUCACCCCAGGCCCUCCGUCAUACUACUGGAACCAUGUGGGCCUAAACAAUAUUCCCGACCGCGAGGCUUCCCUUUUGUAAAACUAAGCGCACAAGUACAGACAUUCCAAUUGCACAGAUACCUCAAGGAUCAAAAAUGAAUCCCCUCAUGAAUUUAUUUGAGAUGAAUUUACAUCCUAUUUGUUAUCCUUUUUACAAGAUGAUCAGAUUUUUAACAAAAAUUGACUUGAUCUCUGAAAUCAGGGUACAUAAUGUAAUGCUAAGAGCCUUGUUUCUUGACCCCUGUUGCGUCUGUGCAACUUUGAUGUCUCAAAUAUUUUAAACCCAAGUGUCGUCAAUUAAUAUUGGUAUAUAGUCAGCAUAAUUCCUGAAAACGAGGCAUAAAUUUCACUUCAUUUUAUUUAUAUUUUAACAUUCUGCAUUUCACUUUACCAAAUGGUGAGAGUUUGUGAUUUUAAGUUUAGUUUUCUACUGUUUAAUUUAAAAGGCUUAUCUUGUUGCAUUUUUGGGAGGUAUUUAUAUAUUCUAUUGAACCACGAUGCAUCACAAUCAGAAUAACGUAGCCAUCGCUGUAAAAUUAGGGAACUUCUUGCAUAGAGAGAGAGAGAUGAAGACAAUAUAAAACACAAUGCAUGCAGAUAUAUGUUUUCGGAAAUCUUCACUUUACAAAAUAAUUAGCCAGGAGAGGCUACUCUGCUGCGGUCCCAUUACAUCUUUUAAUGAAUCUUCGUUUUCUAAUUUAAAGCAUUAUUUGGCCCAAGAGAGACACUGUAAGAUCUGUUUGUAAUGAAGCAUAAGCAUACACACAAAUUGUUAGUCUUGUUAUGCUUAAUCGUGUUCUAACGGAGAAGAUUGUUCAAACGCACUGGUUUUUUCAUGUGAAAGUAUAAAAGGAAAUUACGACAAAAAACGCGCAAAUUACACAGCUAAAUUCAUUUCUUUUAGUGUAAAUCGUUUAAAAAAGUCAUUUAAACAAUUUUGUCACAAUCUGGAAUCACAUAUCAGGUGAAACUCGACUCCUUUUAUUUAACAAAGAGAAAUUGUUGUAAUAUUGUUGCACAAUUCACAAACGCAAAAAUUUAUAUUUGUACAAAAGUAUUUCCGUACAUUUCUGCUUCUCAACUUCUCACUCUCUGCAUUUUUGGCAGAAUUGCGAAACAUGUACUUCUAAAUGAUGACGACUAUUUUAAAUACCUCUACAAAUUGCUGGUCAAAAAACACUAUAUUUUGUGUGUUCUGAGAGGUUAUAAAUAUUUUAGAAGAGAAAAAUCACGCCCAUGAUCGCAUUUCAAAAUGGGAUCAAACUUACUAGAAGAAUGAAUGUUGUGAUAUAUAAAAAGGAAAAUAAAAAGAUGAGAAUAUUUAUGCUUGUGCGGUGUAGAGUUGCAAUCCGAAAAGUCAGUAUAAUAAAAAUUAUUUGUAUUACAACCAAAAUCACGUGCAAUCAAACUUCUCAAACUUGAUGGAGAAAGAGACAUCGCAUUAAUUAAACAAAUAUCUAUGAAAUAUAAUAUUAUCAAACAACUUGUUGUCGUCAAAAUAAAUGUCUUAUAGUGGGAGAGAAAAUAAUACAAUACAAAGGAUGAAAAAGCCAACCCGUGUGCGUAUUUAAAAUUAACUCACAGUUAUAGAAGCCGCAUCGAAAUAAACAUAAUAGAAAAUCAGCUCUCAAAAUCUCUCUGUCCUCUUGUGUAGACCAUUUUUGCUGCUAUGUAUAGAAAACUCUUCUUCCUCUGUUUUAUUUACUGGAGAGAAAUGAACAUGUCGAUCUCUCUGCUACAGGAGAAAGGAAAUCAGCCAAAUGUAUGCGCGGUGUACAAACAAUAUGAGAAAGAAAACUUAAACUUUGUGUCUAGCAAAAAGGUUAUGUCCAAAGUGAUUUAAGUGAAUAUUGCAAAAAUUGUACAACAAACAACAAAGAUCAGAAAAUAAAUUAAUAUUUGUUUUCAAGCAGA